AGAUGUCAAGACUAACGACACCAGUCAUUCAGAGUGAUGAGGACUCUAAGUUGAAACCUGUGGCUGGAGCUGCACGUUAUGUUUAAACAUUUUAAUAAUGACGUUUUGUGCUUGUAACUUGCUGCUCCACCUGUAUGGACAGAUUAUAUUAUAUCCAGAAUGAUUGUUUCCUGACAUUAAAACAGCAUGGCCAGUAACUUUCCACUGAAAAAUAAGGCUGCUAUGGAACAGUUUCGGAAAAACCUGGAGAAGAGAUCGCUGAACGUGAAGUUUGACCUCGAAAACACGGACUAUAAGGCCCUCGAAAACAUCGGUAUUGGUGCAUAUGGUGUGGUGUGUUCAGCUAUUCACAAGAAAACUAAUGACAAAGUUGCCAUAAAGAAGAUCCCGAACGUAUUUGAAGCGCUGACGUUAACAAAACGGACCUACAGAGAGAUUAAGAUUCUCAAGCAUUUCAAACACGACAACAUCAUUUCAAUUCGAGAAAUUCUGAAGCCGUCCGAGCCGUAUAAAGAUUUUAAAGAGAUUUAUGUUGUGUUUGACUUGAUGGAAAGUGAUCUUCACAAAAUCAUCUAUACAGACCAGGACUUGACUGAAGAGCACAUCAGAUAUUUCUUGUACCAGAUUCUCCGAGGUCUGAAGUACAUCCACUCGGCUAAUGUCAUCCAUCGUGACCUGAAGCCAAGUAAUCUACUUGUCAAUGAAGACUGCCACAUUAGAAUUGGUGACUUUGGCAUGUCUCGUGGAAUAUUCUAUGAACGCGAUGAACCUGCAUUUUUUAUGACUCAAUAUGUUGCGACUCGGUGGUAUCGUGCGCCGGAAAUCCUCCUAUCAUUGAUUGAGUAUGGUACAGGGGUAGACAUGUGGUCUGUUGGCUGCAUCUUUGCUGAAAUGCUCGGUCGGAAGCAUCUGUUUCCAGGCAAAGACUACAUCUCACAGAUCAAGCUAAUUGUGGGCUUGUUGGGGUCUCCAUCCGAUGAGCUGCUCAAGAACUGUCAGAACGUCAUCAUCAGAGACAUCAUCAAAAAGCUUGGUCAGAGGACGGCCAUUCCGUGGAAGACGCUGUUUCCGAAGGCGAGUAAGAAGGCUGUAGACUUGUUGAGUAAGAUGCUGGUGAUCGACCCGGCUAACCGGAUUUCCGUGGACAAGGCUCUGGAACACCUCUUCCUCAACAAGUACCACGACCCAGAUGACGAACCCAUCUGUGUGCCAGCUUUCAAAUUUGACUUCGAGAAGGAGAAUAUGGACAAGGACAUUCUGCGGGAGGUGAUAUACAAGGAGAUCAUGGAGUACCACCAGCCGAGGACCCCCACUUUCAGCUUCAACGCUGUGCUCCGGCCCGCCCCCAAAUCUGAAACAAACCCGCUCGUCUUGUCUCCAUGUCCUCCCAUCGAAAAGAAACAGCUCGAUGCACAACUUACGGAUUUUUUUCAAACUGUAUCAUGUGAACCAUCAUACCCAGAUGAUACAGGAGAAUCCUUUUCUACUGACGAUCUCUUAGUGAAACCUGAAGAGAAAAAGAAGUCGCCAGUCACCGUGGACACCAGCACCCUACUGCCGACCCUGACUUUUGACGUCGAGAUGCUCAGUGCCAAAUUUUCCGAGGGGAAAUCAGAAACCCUAGAAUUGAAACCGGUGCCGAUCGUGAAGAAGACUGAUAAAGAGAACAAACCAGCCGAGGUGUCAGACACAGCCAAUGUGACCAUCUCCCUGGGAACCAAGGCACGCAUUAAACAAGCUCUUCAAAAUGCCAGCGAAAGAAGACAAAGAACUGAAUCUACUGGUGAUGAUGGAGAGAAAAAACCUAUAACUGCAGCUCAGCGACAGAGAGAACGGGAAGAAAAACGAAAGAAGAAGAAAGAUAGAGCAUUGGAGAGGAAGAAGAAAGUGAAAGAAAACAAAAACACGACAGUAUUUAUUCUGAGUGAUGCGGAUAAGGAAAUGUUACAGAGGUGGUCACAGAUGCAGCAGGUACCAACAGGACCAACAGGAGUGGGGGUCUCCAAUGUUCCCCUUGCUGCUGCUCCUGGACAGACAAUCAUCAUCACUUCAUUAAGUCAGACAGUGCUACAGCCCAUAGUUUCAAACGUCCAGCCACAGCAGGAGUCCACUGGACAGAUAGUCCAGCCAAUACUGCCAGCAACUAGUUCUGUGUCCAGUGUCGUUCUUUCACAGGUGGUGCACGAUUCACUGGUGCAUUCACAGACAGGUGUUCUGCAGACAAAGUCAGACAUUCCUGCGGGACAUGUUAUAUCUACGGGUCAUUUCCAGUGUCCUUCCACUGAGGUUGGCGCUGGUUCUAAUACAGCAAACAUGGAACAUGAUUCUGUACAGAAGCCAGAACAUCAGUUGCAGAGCUGCAUGUUUCAGUCUGCAGGUAAGAGUAACUUGCCAUUUCAGACACAGACGUCUGGCUUACAUACACAGACGUCUGGCUUGCAGCAGCAGCAUCAUAUAUUUCCUCAACAACAGCAGCAGCAGCAGAAUUUGUUCAACCAGAUGACUCAAAAUAAUGAACUUUGUCACUCUCAGAUGGACCAGUCACAUCAAGGACAGUCGUCAAAUUCUCUGUUCUCUCAGGAUUCACAACAGCUAGCUAGUCACUCUGUGCCUCCUGUCACCAGUGUCCGAGGACACCCGGCCUUCGGUCAGGGAGACGCUUCCUCACUUGUUGCUCCAGCCACAGAUCUUCAGAGACACGCUUUCCUGCAACAGGAUGCCACACUUUUUCACUUUCCUCAGGGAUUUUCCAAUUCCAGGUCCACUUGUCAGCCUGAUGCUUAUUCACAUGAGUCUGGUCCACAGGGAGGAGAGUUCACCCAGCACCAUGCUGAGCAGCAAGGGAUGUUUGCUGGUGUUGGUGGUGAUCCAUUUCCUCCUCCACAACCUGCAGCAUCGACAUCACAACAGACUCUGCUGUCGACAUCAUCUCAGCAGCCUUUCACUAACUUCACAUCUGGCUCUGAGCAUGUGUGUCAGACAUACCACAACAAUCCUAGUCCUGUUGGGUAUGAUCCAACAGCAGCAGUAGCAGGAGGAGGUGUGAGUGGAAGGAGUGCCUGGACACCUGCAAACACUGAUCAGUACGUACAGAAGGCUUCUUUAGCUGAUGGACACGCAAAGCAUGAGAAUCAAUUACCUCAGGAACAAAAGACACAGGAUAGGAUAACAUCACCGACUCAAAGAUCAACUAACAGGCAGCCUCAAACUUUGAAGAUCAAGUGUUCACCUCCACCAAGGGCACCUGAGGUGCCUGCCAACCACCACGAUCUCAUUGCUCUGUUGAGCAAACAGCUGAUGAAGAGUGGUAUGGCAGAUCCCUUCCCACCGGCGCUGUCUCUAACCCCCAAGGGAACAGGAGGAGGAUAUGGAGUUGGAACUGAUCUUGAUGCCUUGAUGGUGGAUGCCCAUGAAAACAUUGAUGUGAACCGAGUAGAGCAAAGUCCAUUGUCAUCAUCACUGAUAGCCGACUGGCUGGACAUCAGUGGAAACAUUACACAAGCUGACCUAGAGGCACUGGAGCAUGAGAUGGAGAUGCAGUCACCCAUGUCUUUGUCUUACAGUGACUUCAAUCUUCACAACCCGCCAUAAACAAUUUUUGUAUUGAGUGACAUAAUUAGUCAUAUUUAUACACCCAUCUUUGACAGCUUGUAUUAUAGUAUAUUGUUGUUCCUCCGUCCAUUAACGUUUUUUUUGUCCAGGGCAUAUUUCCUUUAUCAACUCGUGUAGAAUUAUCAAACCGUAUACCUACGGAUAGCAGUGUCACAUACCAUAAUUAGGUCACCAUGACCUACUUUCCACCAAUUACUGUACCUUAAAGGCAGUCAUUGUUACAUUUCUGUUCUGGAUUGGGGGGUUUUGCAAAAAGGUUUCAUUCUUUUAUAGUAUGGAUGUGCCUCAACUUUCAGUGAAUAUGAGCACAUUAACAGUUUCCCUUCCAUAUUUUCACAGUAACGUGUACAUUCAUGUGUAUAUGCUUUGGAUUGAACCAUUUGUAUACCUCAAGAUUGGCAUUACUUCUGUGGACAUUCCAAUAAAAGUGGUUUCUUGUUA